AUGUGCUCCAGACAAAGCUCCGGAGGCUGCCAUGGGAUGUCCUCCCAGUCCAGCGGGUGCCACAGCCAGGGCUCUGGUUGCCACAGCUCCUCCAGUUACCAAUCCCAAGGCUCCUCCUGCUGCGGGAGCGGAGGGGGCUCCGGCAAAGUCAUCAUCAGCUCUGGUGGUGGAGGAGGUGGAUCCUGCUGCAGCGGGGGAUCCUCUGGAUAUGGGAUGGGAGGGGGAUACGGUGGUGGAUCAAAGAGCAUCAUUGUAGGUGGAGGUAGUGGAGGUUCCUCUGGAUGCUGUAGUGGGGGCAGCUAUGGAAUGGGUGGAGGAUAUGGUGGAUCUUCAGGAUCAAAGACCAUCGUUGGAGGGGGAAGCAGUGGAGGUUCCUCUGGAUGCUGCAGUGGAGGAUCCAGCUAUGGGAUGGGUGGAGGAUAUGGUGGAUCUUCAGGAUCAAAGACCAUCAUUGGAGGGGGAAGCAGUGGAGGUUCCUCUGGAUGCUGCAGUGGAGGAUCCAGCUAUGGGAUGGGUGGAGGAUAUGGUGGAUCUUCAGGAUCAAAAACCAUCAUUGUAGGUGGAGGUAGUGGAGGUUCCUCUGGAUGCUGCAGUGGAGGAUCCAGCUAUGGGAUGGGUGGAGGAUAUGGUGGAUCUUCAGGAUCAAAGACCAUCAUUGGAGGGGGAAGCAGUGGAGGUUCCUCUGGAUGCUGCAGUGGAGGAUCCAGCUAUGGGAUGGGUGGAGGAUAUGGUGGAUCUUCAGGAUCAAAGACCAUCAUUGGAGGGGGAAGCAGUUCCUCUGGAUGCUGCAGUGGAGGAUCCAGCUAUGGAAUGGGUGGAGGAUAUGGUGGAUCUUCAGGAUCAAAGAGCAUCAUUGUAGGUGGAGGUUCCUCUGGAUACUGUGGCGGAGGAUCUUCAGGCUAUGGCAUGGGAGGAGGGUACAGUGGCGGCUCCUCAGGAGGGCAGACCAUCAUUGGAGGUGGAGGAUAUGGUGGAUCCUCUGGAUGCUGCAGCGGAGGAUCCAGCUAUGGGAUGGGAGGAGGAUAUGGGAGUGGCUCCUCAGGCCAGACCAUCAUCAUCAGCUCUGGAAGUGGCGGCGGAGGCUCCUCGCAGCAGAAAUGUCCCAUUGUCAUCCCCAGCGUGGUGUCCCACCAGAGCAAGCAGAGCUCCUAUUGGCCCUAUGGCCAGCAGAAGUAACAGCCUCAGCCAGCUCCAGUUCUGAGUCUCUGCCAUGGCUCCUCCUUGCCUCCAAUCCUGGAACUGCUGCCUGGUCCUUCCCAGCAUGUCCUCUCCUGUCCCUGUUCCCUGGACCCUCAUGUGAGAUCUCCAGGAUUGCCCUGCUGUGCCCUGCUCCUGGUGUUGUGGUUUGAUAAUGUUCUGCCACUUUUUACACCCAAUAAAUGUUACAAUUGCUCAAA